CACAGGAAAUUAAUUAUCAAUUGUUGUUUACGAAUAAUGACAUAUAUGUGAAACUAAGAGAAGUUUAAACUCUGGACUUGUAAUAUCUCCCUAUGUACUUUAAUACUUAUUAUAGAUCUACCAAAGCGGUGUUGACAGUUUGAUCUAAAUGUAAAUAAUAUGGCUGGAAUUACACAACAAUCAAAUGUUGAAUUCGAACAGAAGGAAUUAACAAUAACUGAAGUGCUUCAAACGCAAACGCUUCCAAUUAUAGUUAAAACAAGCGCAAGUGGAACAAAUCGUCGAAUUCUAAAUCAGCAUGGUAUACCCGAGAACAGAGAACUGCUGCUACAAAGAAAAAUGAAUGUGAAGUACGCACGUGUCAAAAUGUUGACAUCUCUUGAUAAAGAUGAACGACAAGGUCAACGGAAUGACGAGCACAUCAGAGAUAACCAUUAUCUAAUACCUGUAAAAUACCAUGGAAAAAUAAAGUAUGUUCACCCACCAGGACGCAGGCGACGAUAUGCAUCUGUGCCUCAGGUACUACAGGACUUGCCUCGAUACAUAACUGUGUGGGAGAACACACGAGCUCUACCAUGCAGUGGAGCGAGUGAAUACAUCACAGUUGAGGCAAAUACCACACUAGAAAUCGUCAGAAAAGCUACAAGGCCCGAAAACAAGGCAGUGAUUCUUGAAUGCAGUAAUGGUGAAACAUCUGUUGCAUUUAUGGAACAAGACAGACUAAACUGCACUGCCGUAGAUGACACAAAACUGUACAAUUUGUUUGAGCUCGUGCGUUCCAAAUUGUUACCUAGAGUGUUUCAGUUUGAUGCCGUUGACCCUAAUGAUAUAACACAUUUGAAUGAUGCAUUAUAUGGUGAAACAUUAUCUGCAGUAGACAAACCAAUGGAACUUCAAGGUUUUACAGACGUAGAAUUGCUUGUUGGGUGGGCCCGAAAUGAAAUACAGGAGACGUAUGAGACCGUUUUGAUUCCCCGAAACAUUUGGACGUCCGUGUUUGUACAUAAAGAAUGUCCAGAAAACAAAGCGAACACGAUGCCAUCUGUUUCAAGGGCAUAUGGACCUUGCAAAGAAGUUGAUUUCAUAGAGAAAUCAUUGUAUCUACUACCGCUGAAUCAGAGUAAAGUUAUGUGGUUGAUUGGUCCAACCUUCGAACGCAAAGGACAGUUCUACUCUUCAAACACAAAUACUGAGGAAAAUUCGGACACAGUUAAAGAUGAAAAAAUGUACCAUGGACCAGUUGUUCUACUUCCACAAGUAAAGAAAAAGAAAACACUUUUCAAGAAGGUACAUGGAGAGCUGUUGCGUUUGUUUAAGUCAAGCAACGACGUGAAGCCUAGUCAACAGAAACUGAAACUUCUUUCAAGAACAAAAACAACACCAACACCAACAUCAAUACCAAAAAAGUUACAGAAGCACUACACGAAAGAUGUACACGGUCGUAUUUCCAGAUGUUCAUCAUUGAGAGAAAUGCGAUCAGAGCCAACAAACCUGACAUGCAUGCGAAGAAAUUACGGUGACAGGGCAAGUUAUUUAGAAUUUCUUGUUGGAGAUCCUGGCUGUCAACCAUUCACGGUAAAAUCAGAACACUCACGAUUGUCCGUAUCGUUAGGAGACAUACCGUCUGCUAUAUCCUCUGAUAAGAAUAGUAUUGAAAACAACACAUGGCACAUCAGUUCAUUUUGCACUGGGAUAGAGAAACCAAGCGACGAUUAUUCAGAAAUUGGCGAUACUUCCAAAGCCGAUGAAGAAGCUGGAGGAGAUAAAGCUUGCUUAGGUACUGCACCGAUUGAACAAUCUUAUGAAAAAAGAUAUGCACAAGAAUCAUGUGUUGCUAUGCACAACUUCGUACCAAGCGUCAAAGAAACACAGAGAUUGCGGAUUGAUCCUCAAGAGCAUAUUAAAAAUGUAAUACCGACAAAAGGUCAAGAAGCAGAGGAAGUAUUUUAUCGGUACACCGUCAUUGAAACAUAUGAAUGCUUUAAAGAAUGUGGAUUAGAGGAGUUUGCUGUGAAGUGUAAGGAACACAAAUUAGACGGUACAUUCUUUCGAAACUUUAAUUAUGAAGAGCUGAAAGAAGACCCUUUUUAUUUGUCAAAAUUUUGUAUAUUAAAACUUACAAAAAUUAUUCAUGACGGAUGGAGGCCCACUUGAGAACUAACAAGAAAAACAAUACUCUCUGUAAUACUGCUUCAAAUAUUUAGUUAUUGGGUAGAUUUUCACAAUUCUUUUCUAUUCAAUUGACAUAUGUAUAGACGAAUUUACAACGCCGUUGGUUGCCCUGUUGUCUAACCAGAUGUUUUGAUUUUAAUGGUUAUGCACUUUUUUCGUGUGGCAAAGAGACCGCCUGUCCGCAAGCAUUCUCAUGUCUAGAUCUAUUCAUAAAACGAACAGUUAACUUGUUUCUUACAUAUUAUGGUAGGUCUGCACUUCCGAAUACAUUUUUUCUACAUUGUAGAAUUUGAUUAAACCUUGAUUUUUCACAACCUAAGAAUAUACUUAGAAAAUUCGGCAAAUUGAAAAGAAAGGGGCCGUGUGCUCGAUUUUUUGCUAGACUCUUUUGAAAUAUUUUGACCUCACUCAAGUUUUUAUUUGGGAGUCUAUAGGAAAAUCACAAUUUUGAUAACUUUUUCGUGAAUAAAUUUUAUUCUAAAAUGUAGAUUGUAAUGAAACUUCUCCCAUUCGUUGAUAAACGAUAAACGGUUGUAGUAUUGUAGACCUGUGUGCUUGUUUUAGUGAUAUUUGGUCAUGAAUAAGUAGAUCCGUUCAUUUCAAGCUGAUUUAAAAAUAUUUUUGGAACUAUUUAACAUGCCAGAUGUUUUAAUAUCAAAUAUAUUACGUGGCGGGUUGUUUCUUAGAUCAAAAAUAAUAAUAUAACACCAUUAUACCGACAAUUGUAAAUACAAUCUAUAAGAAGAUCUUUUGGAACUUUGCUUGAAAUUUUCUUUUAAAAUGAUGUUUAUAUUGAAAAAAAAUCUAAAUUUCUAAGGUCCGUAUCAAAAACUUAAAUUGCAAUUGUUUUUUUUUUUUACUUAAGGAAAAUACCUAAUGUAUCUCAUUUCA